CUGCCACCUCUCUAACCAUGGCUCGCCUCUCUGCCAACCUGUUGUGACUCUUCUGGUCGCCUCGUUCGCCUCACAGGCGCUCGCUGGGUUCAUGGGCGGUGCUUCAACCUUCGCUCCCGCGGGCGCAGCCAUCGUCGCCAAGUGGAACAAGGCCAAGCCGGGCUUUUCUCAAGACGUCGUCGCGUACGAUUCCGUGGGAUCCGGCACCGGAAUCACGGGCUUCAACAGCGGCACCUACCUCAUUGCCGUCUCCGAUGACCCCAUGACCGCCGCGCAAGAGGGCGCCGGCUUCUCUGCCAGCCCCGGCAAGAUCACCGUGCCGCUGUGCGUCUCCACGUUCGGCUUCUUCUAUAACGGGAAGCCCGGCCUUGUGCUGACGGCGACUCAGUCCUACCAGAUCUACAGCGGCACAAUCGCCACGUGGGCGGGCGUUGCAGGCGCUUCAGCCAAGGGCCUUACGGGGGCCAUCACCCGCGUCGCUCGCAGCGACAAGUCCGGAUCGACCGCCAUCGUGAAGACCAUGUGGUCCAAGGCCGCGACGGGGUUCUCUGGCGCGACGGACGGCGUUGCUCUGACUUUCGACGGCCUCUCCAAGGUGGAGGGCACGAGUGCCGUGUGCGCCGCAGUUCUCGCCACCAAGGGCGCUAUCGGGUACGCUUUCACCGGAGGCUGCAGCACGGUGUACAACAAGAGGAAUCCCAACCUUAAGAACCGCGUGAUUGCUUCUUUGAAGAACGCUAACGGCGUGGCUGUCGCACCUCCUUCUUGGUCCCCCGGCUCUGCUCUCACCGGCUCCCCGCCCGCGGCUGACGGGUCGUGGGCGGCUGUGGAUUUCAUCUGGAAGGCCGGAGCUAAGACCCCGCCCAUGGUGUCGAUGGAGUUCGCGUUCAUCCGCAAGUCGCUGACGGGUGUGACCGGCGGAAGAUCGCCAAGGCGUUCAUGCAGUACAUGAUCGGCUCGUUCGCUAAGGGCGGGUAUGGGUUCUCAGCCACCCCGGCUGCCUGGAAGAGCAAGUCCAUUACCAUGGUGAAUGCCAUCGCUGCGGAUAAGUAGGAGCAGAGUAAUUCUCGCCAUCUGGAUAUUUUGAGUGCGUUGUUUAUCAUACUUGACGCAGACAUUGCAGUCGUCACCUGUGCAUGGUGCUACUAGCCCAUUCAUUAGAAAUGUCAUGCGUGAUGCUUUUUACUUGGUUCUGGCUUUGUUAGUACU